AUGAAAACGUUCGAGCGUCUGGUUUUGAAUCACCUGAAAACUGUGACUGGUCCCCAACUGGACCCCCUACAGUUUGGCUAUCGAUCGAAUCGCUGUGUCGACGAUGCAGUCAACCUGGGCCUGCACUACAUGCUACAGCACCUAGACAUUCCCGUAUUCUUACUCCUCAAACCCUGGGUGGAUUUGCUCAUGCUGCAAGAAUUCCUUACGGGUGUGACACGGGUGGCUGGAGCUCUGGAUGCCGGCGUUCAAAAGACAGACAACGGCAUUCCGAUGCUUGAACGACAGCUGACCUUGGAGCAGCUGAUCAAGUUAAAGAAAGCCUUCAAGGAUCUGGGAAGGAAUGGAGAAAAUUUUCUGGACCUGGAUGAUUUUAAAUUGGUUUUGAAGAAAAGCACAAGAUUACUGGGAUCUAGUGAUGGAGAGAUAGAAAAGCUCUUUAUGAAAAUAGAUCUUUCAGCUACUGGAAAAAUUGACUGGAACCAGUUCUGCACUUUCAUGCAUCAGAACUGCACUGAGCUGGAUGACCAUCAACUCCAAGACAAGAAUGUCUGCUUCAAUUUGCCAGCGACCACCCAACAAAUGACUUAUGGGCGUAAUGUGGUGCGUGUUUUCCCUAUGCAAGACAACAUUUUAAUAACAGUCAGGGAAGAUGGCCACGUCCACUUUUGGUCUACAGAGCUGAAGCUGAAGCGUGACAAGACAAUCUUUGGGAAAAGUGUGAAAAGGACCGCAUGUGUGACGGACUUCACUAUCAUGACGCAUUAUAAUAAGUUAGUUCUGGCCACUGGGGAUCAGGAGAUCCACCUGUAUGAGCUGUCUAACUUGGAACCAUACUGCAGGAUUAUCGGACUGGACUCUACACCUUUAAAAUUAGAUUACUGUGUAACAGACAAGGAUGAAUGUCUGAUUUUAUACGGAGACGACAAGGGAUGUGUGAAUAUUCUUAUCUUCACUUCAAUAGGAGAAACAUUAAGAAUGUGGAAGAAGCAGCCCAAACCGAAUGGUAUAAUGUCAACUAUUACUAUGGACGAUGCCGCUCUCUCCCCGAAUGUAUCUUUCAUUCGCUGGAAAGUGCAUGGAGAUGGGGUAACACAAAUGAAAUACUACGAUUCUAUUAAAGCUGUCAUUUCAGCUUCCAAAGACGAAUCUACAGCCUUAGUAAUAGGUUGCACUGUCGGAAAAACAAAUGUAGAGCAGCAAAUGAGGGGCAUCAGACCCCAGACUAAGUUUGUGAAUGGACGACAAGGAAAGAUUACCAAUGGGGCACCGCAGAAGAGAGCGAGCCGAGACCAGACUGUAUUCCAGGUGCACAAAGGGGUGAAAACGUUUGCUUUCUGCAAGAAGAACUGUCUUGUUGUGACCGGUGGAUUGGAUCGCCUCAUUCGAAUGUGGAAUAUUUAUGUACCUGGACAAGCAGACGGCAUACUGCGUGGUCAUACAGCGCCUAUAUUUUCCCUUGAGAUAUCUUCUGAAGAUAAUAGGCUAUUUUCCGUUGACACAGACAAUGCCGCAAAGAUUUGGGAUAUACGUACUACUACCUGUUUAUUCAGCACCUGGUCGAAAAUCAGCGGGAUCAGAGGAGAACUGAGUGCUUGCCAGUAUGUCCCUUACCUCAAAGCACUUUGUAUGGUCACCGAUUCCAUCAACCUUCUGAAAAUCAAGUCACAGUCUGUGACGCAGCCCAACCUGGAUACUUCACAUAGGAAACCAGUCCUCUGCUGCAAAUACAAUAAGACCUUCAGGCAAGUCGUAACCUGUUCAGAAGGAUCGGUUAUAAAGGUUUGGGAUUUUGAUACCGGAAAGCAAAUGCUGGAAAUUAACGAGGCACAUAAAGAUGCUGCCAUAACAUGUAUGACCUUUGAUCACAGUGAAAGAAGGUUGAUCACUGGAGGAAGAGAUGGCUGCCUGAGAAUGUGGAAUUACAACAAUGGCCUCUGUUUACAGACGCUUAAAAAAAGAGACAGUUCAGCUGAGAUCUGUGACUGCACUUAUGUGGACAUAAACAGAAACAAAUACACUGUUGCUGUUGGCUGGGACAGAAGGAUAAAUCUGUAUUAUGAUUCUGACGAUAAUCGGCACUUUCAAGAGCCGAAGCCACAUUGGCAGGAUGAUAAGGUCCGAGGUCACCGUGAGGACAUCCUCUGCAUAGCCCAAAAACCACCUAAUCUCCUAGCCAGCCUAAGUUAUGAUGGAGAAGUUAUUGUCUGGAAUAUGAGCUCAGGCCGCAUACAAUCCAAGAUAGACACAUCCCAUCACUUUGAGUCUGCAGGAAUAAAAUCAACAGACAACACCAUCAGCAAGAUCUUGUUUCUGGCCUCACGGACAGCGGAUCUACAUGUGGCCGCGUCUCUGGUCUCCAAUGGGCCGCUAGGCACUGUCAACUUUUGGAAUGUCUACAACAGAGGAAAACUGGCAGCGAGUUUUAGACCAUCCAAGAUUGGGACACAAAUAUGUAGCCUUGCAGUUACAAAUGACAACACGCUGCUCUAUGUAUCGGACGACCUUGGCUACAUAUAUAUUUAUGAUAUUAAAGACUAUGCACUGUGUCAGACAGAAAAAAAUCCCCCAAAGUGCAUUGGUCAGUGGAGGGCUCAUGUAGACAUCAUAACAACGCUGGAGGUGAUACAAGAUGAGAAGGUGGUGCUGACCUGUUCUAAAGACAGAGCAGUGAGGCUCUUUAGCCUCACUGGAGAACUUAUAGGUACAUUUGGCCAGGCAGACCCCUGGAUGCUCCCAAAAAACAUCAAAAUGGAACAACAGAGCAUGCCCAAACCUCCAGAUAAAGAAACUCCACAUGAGCCCAAACACCAUCAGCCUGAGGUGGGACUUCCCAAACUAAUUCGAUCUGGGACCCCCUCUAACAAAAAUUAUUACAAGACCCCAGCAAGUCACCGACGAAAAGUGCCACUAUAUAAAUCUAAGUAGCACACUUAUGAUCUUAUGAUUUUUUUUUCUACCAAAAAUGGAACAAGA